CAGUACAGAUGGUCGAGACACAGCACCGACAGAGAGAUGUGAAUUACAGCCUAAUUUCAGCUAAUAAACCACUCAGGAAUAUUACAGCGGUUUAUUCUGUUUAUUCGAGAACAUGGGAAACUCGUAUGCGGGACAACUGCGCACCACACGUUUCGAGGAGGUUCUGCACUAUUCCAUCGAGGCUUCUCUACGAUCCAACACUGUAGUGCCCAGACCGGUGUUCUCACAGCUGUACCUCGAACAAGAGCAACGGUCUCACUCUCGAGAAGGUCAUCUAGAAAACGACGAAGAUGACGACGAUAAAGGCUCAGAAUCGAACAGCCCUCCCAUUCCAUACCAGAUGAAGCCGCCUUCAGAGGACUCAUGCACAACUGAUGGAUUUUGUCAGGCCGGUAAAGACCUGAGACUGACAACAUUAGCCACCGAAAAUCUGGACGUCCCACCCGGAUUUAUGCUGGUUGGGGCCAAAUCUCCCAGUAUACCCGACCACAUACUGGUCUGUGCAGUGGACCGACGGUUUCUCCCAGACGAGCGCGGACGUAAUGCACUUUUAGGCUUUUCAGGGAACUGUAUGGGCUGCGGCGAGAAGGGCUUCCGCUACUUCACCGAAUUCGCCAACCACAUCAACCUGAAGCUUACCACCCAGCCCAAGAAGCAGAAGCACUUAAAGUACAGCCUGCUCCCGAACGCACAGGGCGUCUUGGUCAAAGGGCCGCCCAUCUACUGGAAGGGAAUAGACAGCCGUGUAAGAGAGACCAUCUCUAAUGGGAACGGUGGUCUAGAGGAGCACACGCCUGGUCCCGUCACCAGUGAUCUGCUGUCCAGUUCAGGACAUGUGGGGCUGAACACUGUCAGCAAUACAGAUCUGAACUCCCACCAACAUCCAUCUGAAACGUCCCCUCCGAUGACCAACGGCCAUCACAUUCCAGCAUCCCAACAGCCUUUGCAGCAGCCAGGUCUGGUAGCCAACGGCCCAGGAAGACCAGCAGCCGUAGGUACAAUAACAAACACAGGACCACCUAAAAAGAGACACAAGGGCUGGUCUCCAGAAUCCACGGGGCACUCCGAAGCUAACAACAGACCUGCGCCCUCCAACAUAGUGAACGGCCAUAAACCAGCAGACAACGGGACAUCAGGAUGCUCAUCCCAGGUCUCCUCACCCCUCCUGUCUCAGGGGGAAUCGCUCACGGUGCCCAGUAAUCUGUUCCAAACUUGUGGGCUGCAACCAGUCAUCUUUAAAGGACACGGGACUUUACCUCGUCUGUGCGGGAACACCGGAGAGGUCCUGGUGGACGAGAGGCUUCAGGCGUGCUAUCGCAGUUCCCAGAAUCUGCCUCGGAUUUACGAGCAGUACGGAGCCUCGUCCGUCCAGCCGCUCUGCGCCGAGAUGCAGGUCCUGCUGACCGUCUACUACCUGGUGCAGCUGGCUCCUGACCAAGUGCCUUUAAUGGAAGACCUGGAGCAGAUCCUCAUGCGCUCCUGGCGCGAGUCACACCUAACAGAGAUCCGUCAGUACCAGCAGAGCCACGCCCAGUUUCCCGCGCCUCUGCCCGGCCUGACGCAGCCCCUCACGCCUUCCCAGCUACCCUGGCUGGCCAAGUUGGCCACCAGCUCCUGCGGCGACGCCGUCCUUGUGCUGGACUCUGCGGCCUCUCUGGCCGAAGCGCUGACGGACACCUUGCAGAGGUUGAUGGAGGGGAAGCUGAGUCACACACAUUUUGUGGUCAUCAUCUGUAUGGGCAGGAGCCAAGAGACCGAGUCCUGCGUUGUGGUUACAGGAAAGCACCAGGCACGAACCCUCGCGGAGAGUAUGCUGUCCCCAAAAGAAUGUGUGAGAGAAAUUAAUCAAGAGCUUUCCUCUGGCAUGACUGCCGAGCUAGACGACUAUUUUAACUCCCUGGGUCCAGAUGGAGACGUGGAGACUUUGCUAAAUCAAGCGAAUUCGGACACUAAAAGUCCCUCAGUUCCGGGAUCAGGACCGGAAAACUCCGGAGAACCCCUGUGCUCUGAGCACCGGGUGGAGUGGCGCGAGAUCCGUCCCAUUCAGCUAGCGGUGGCACGGAAGCUGCUGUCCCACGUGUGCGCCAUCGCUGACUCCAGCACUCACAACCUGGACCUCGGAUCUUUCGACAAAGUGGAGUUCUUAAUCUGUGUGCCUCCGUCUGAAGUGACCUUCCACCAAGUGGUCCUGCACCUGUGGAACUCAGGUGUCCUGCAGGAGUUGGGCCUGGACCAGGACUGUCUGUCCCCAAAGAAUGCUGAGCAGUAUGUGGUCAAGCUGGAUCAGGCUGCCGUAACUAAGAUCAGUGGAUUUAUUCAAAAAUCCAAGCUGAACCCGUACACCCUCUUCAUACUGGUGCAUGACCACGCACACUGGGACGUUACCAGUGAAGAGUACAGCAGGUUGGGUGGCUUGCCUAGCUCCGGACUGGUGGACAGCCUGCUAAACUGCAAGCACAUUCAAGAGGCGCCCAACGUCCUCACUCUGCAUGUGACGUCGUUCCCCUUCGCCCUGCAGACGCAACACACGCGCAUCAGCCCUUACAAUGAAAUUCACUGGCCGUCUACGUUCAACAAUGAUGUGGAUCUGUACAAUGAGAAAACGAAGUACUUUGGCGUGUCCGAGCUGUUGGAAUCCACAUGCUCAGGAAGUGGCCUGCCUUUGCUGCGCUUUGACAGUUCAUUCGAGAGCAUGGUUGCUGCCCUGGAGGAAAGGUUUCCGAAGCUGCACAGUGCGGUGAUCCGUACCCAGGUGCUUCUCCAGCACUAUUCAGUGGCUCUGCUGGCUGCAGCCCGGGGCCAGGUCCAGCUUCACAAACACACCUCCGUGGAGACUCUGGAGAUAGUACAGUGCCUCCUGAGCUCGGCGCAACGCUGCCCCAGCCACCACGGGUACAUGCUCCUGCUGCGGAUCCCCUUCCCGUGCCUGGCGGAGCUGGCGCACCGGCGCCUCCGCCACGUCCGUGACCGCCUGGGCCUGCACAAGCACUUUGAGAUCGUGCUGGGGGAUCCCACGUCCGGGAUCAUAGUGGGGAAGUACUUCCUGAGCCAGCUGAGGGUUUGGCUGAAGAUCCAGGAUCCAGAUUGGACACCUCGAACAUACUUGGAGCUGGAGGCUUUACCCUGCAUCCUCAUCUUUACAGGCAUGAAUCCAAUGGGGGAGUCACUGCCAAGGUCCCUGAAGUACUGCGACGAGCGCGUGUUGAGCUGCUGCGCUCCGCAGCGUACGGCUCUGGAGCAGGAACUCGGUUUGGCCGCAUACCUGGUGCGUGUAGAGGAGCAAAGGCAGCGCGGGGCGCGAGGAUCCAGCGACCUGUCCGAGAGCGAUCCCGACAAACUCAGCAGCACGGACAACGAGGAGGACGAGUCCGCGGCGGACGUGACUAGCGCUCUCCCUGGCCUGGACCGUUCCCAGCAGGAUGAAUCCUCCCCUGAAAAACGCAAACGAUCCUCGAAAUCCACCUCCCAGAGCUCAUCAUCAUCCAUGCAGGCCUCCCCACGCCGCCACUGCUGCUCCUGGGCGCGUAACCUGAACCGGCCACCGGUGGUACUCCUGCCCAAAGCUCUGUACGAUCUGAUAACCAGCGCGGACGCCAGCGGAUUGCCCAAGCCCAUGUCGUUCCUCCCGCACGCGUGUGUCGAGUGGGCUAGCUCCUUCAGACCUCUGCUCAGUAAGAUGAUGACGUGUACGGAGCAGUCUCUGUACUACAGGCAGUGGACUGUGCCCAAACCUCAGCACAUGGACAGUAACAACCGGACCGAGGGUCGCACCGACAACUUCCACCCUCGCAGGCUGCUUCUCAGCGGGCCACCCCAGGUGGGGAAGACCGGGGCGUAUCUGCAGUUCCUUGGCAUUCUGUCUCGAAUGCUGAUCAGACUCAUGGAGGUGGACAUCUACGAUGAAGAGGACAUCAAUUGCAAUUCCCAGUCUGAUUUGGUGAGGUACCAUCAGGUCAUUGCGUCGUGGCCCAACGCCGAGUCUAUGAGAGGAAUGCUUUUUGACUUCACCAUCCAUGAUCCCAAAUAUGAGGAUAUCAGUGCUGUCUACAACCCUGAUUUCACUCCUAAUGUAGAAAGAAGCACCAGACGACAGGAGGACGUCUACCUCCGGCGACGAACAGCACGGAUAAAGCUUUCUAAAUAUGCCGCGUACAACACUUACCAUCAUUGUGAACAGUGCCACCAAUACAUGGGCUUCAACCCUCGAUACCAGCUGGGUGAAUCCACUCUGCACGCCUUCACCUUCUCCCACCUGCUGCUUGGGGAGGAGAUCCAGCUCUACUUCAUCAUCCCCAAAUCGAAAGAGCAUCACUUCUCGUUCAGCCAACCAGGGGGUCAACUGGAGAGCAUGCGACUCCCCCUCGCCUCUGAUUGGAAUCCUGACGCCAUCAAGAGUCCAAUAUUCACGCCCACCACCGGACGGCACGAGCACGGCCUGUUCAACCUGUUUCACGCCAUGGACGGAGCCUCGCACCUGCACAUCCUGGUCAUCAAAGAAUACGAGAUGGCCGUCUACAAAAAAUACUGGCCCAAUCACAUCAUGCUGGUUCUUCCGACCGUCUUUAACGGGGCUGGAAUAGGAGCAGCUCAUUUUCUGAUCAAGGAGCUGUCCUAUCAUAACCUGGAGUUGGAGCGCAGUCGGAGGGUGGAGCACGGCAGUCGGCCACAAGACGUCUGGCCGUUCAUUAUUCUGGCAGACGACUCCUGCGUCAUGUGGAACAGUGUGGAUGUUGACCCUAAAAGUGGUACUGCAGGACCGGAGCGGAACGUGUCCCUGAAGCAGGUGCUGCAGCACAUGGAGUCGUCGCCGGACAUCACGCAGUACGGCCUGUGCGGCAUCCGGAAGUGGUCGAGCCGCGGAGCCGGCACGGGACAGAGGAGAGAGCCUUUCUCACGCGGACACCUGCAUGAUUUCUUGCUCCUCAACGUGGAUCUCACGCAGGACGUGCAGUACAAUCAGAACCGAUUUACCUGUGAUGACGUGGACUUCAACCUCAGAGUCCACAGUGCUGGUCUGCUCAUCUGCCGCUUCAAUAACUUUAGUGUGAUGAAGAAGCAGAUAGCCAUAGGAGGAUAUCGAACAUUCAUCAUCAAGACCAAGAUGACCGAUGUACCGACCACAGUGCAGCCAACCCAGUACAUCUGCGCCCCGGACAGUAAGCACCUGUUCCUGGCCACUCCGGCUCAGCUUCUACUGGAAAAAUAUCUUCAGCACACAAGUCAGCGGCUGUUCCCACUAAGCACCGGAAACUACGGCCACCCGGUCCUUUCUGUCGACUGCUAUCUUAACCUAGGACGAGAGGUGACGGUGUGUUUUGUCAGCUCGAGACCACACUCCAUCAACAUCGGCACCGCGGGCCUGCUCUUCAGUGGCCUCCUGCUCUACUUCUGUGACUCGUUCGUCACACCAGGCUUCCUCAAGAAGUUCCAGUUCCUGAAAGGAGCGACCCUGUGCGUCAUCUGCCCGAACCGAAGCGCCCUGCGCCAGACGGUGGUGCGGCUGGAACUGGAAGACGAGUGGAGGUUCCGGCUGAGCGACGAGUUUCAGACAGCCAACGCUAAAGAGGACCAACCGCUUUUCUUUCUUACCGGGACACACAUCUGACUCGGUGAUGUAAAGGACUUCAGGAACUGUGGUUUUAACCUUCUGUACAGAACCGUGUGUGUAUAUAAUGAAUCUGUUGGUGUGAUGCUUCUGUUCUUUAUGGUCAUACGGCUGUCAAAUGAAAUGUCAGCGUUAGCAGAACUCUCGGUUACUUAUCUGUAGCAUUACAAAUACUGUAUUUAUUAUAAGAACUGCUUUAUAACUACGGUAAUGUGGAUUUUAUGGUGCAUUUCAUUAUUUUAAACUGACACCAGUGAAUGAAUAUGUAUUUUGUAGAAAGGAUAUUUUUGUAUAUAUGCUUUGCUUGCUCUGUACUCUUGCCUGUAUUGUUAGGAAUAAUGUAAAGUACUUGCUUCAUCAUUGGCUUGUUUUGUAGGUUUGUCGU